UCUGCGCAAACGGGUAACUGCGGGCGCCUGGUGGUGAGUACUAAAGGAGGAGUUAGGGACGGAGGUCGCCCCGGAGGCGGACGUUUCUUGAGACCCCUGCUGGUCCGGGAGAGCGGCUAGGACUUGGGUUAGUUCUCAGGGGUGACUUUCAAGAUGAACUCAACUCUAACAGCAAGUGUAAUCUGGGAACGGUUUAUAGAUUUCUUCAAAAGAAAUGAGCAUACCUAUGUUCACUCAUCUGCCACCAUCCCAUUGGAUGACCCUACUUUGCUCUUUGCCAAUGCAGGCAUGAAUCAGUUCAAACCCAUCUUCCUGAACACCAUCGACCCAUCUCACCCUUUGGCAAAGCUGAGCAGAGCUGCCAAUACGCAGAAGUGCAUCCGGGCUGGGGGCAAGCACAAUGACCUGGAUGACGUGGGCAAAGAUGUUUAUCACCACACUUUCUUUGAGAUGCUGGGCUCCUGGUCUUUUGGCGAUUACUUCAAGGAAUUAGCAUGUAAGAUGGCUCUGGAACUUCUCACUCAAGAGUUUGGCAUUCCAGUUGACAGACUCUAUGUUACUUACUUUGGAGGGGAUGAAGCAGCUGGCUUAGAACCAGAUCUGGAAUGUAAACAGAUCUGGCAAAAUUUGGGGCUGGAUGACACCAAAAUCCUCCCCGGCAACAUGAAGGAUAACUUCUGGGAGAUGGGUGACACAGGCCCAUGUGGUCCCUGCAGCGAGAUUCACUAUGACCGGAUUGGUGGCCGAGAUGCUGCACACCUUGUCAACCAGGACGAUCCCAAUGUGCUCGAGAUCUGGAACCUUGUGUUCAUCCAGUAUAACAGGGAGACGGAUGGCACUUUGAAACCUCUUCCCAAGAAAAGCAUUGACACGGGGAUGGGGCUGGAGCGUCUGGUGUCCGUGCUACAGAAUAAGAUGUCCAACUACGACACUGACCUCUUUGUUCCCUACUUUGAAGCCAUUCAGAAGGGCACAGGCGCCCGUCCCUAUACUGGGAAAGUUGGGGCUGAGGAUGCUGAUGGGAUUGACAUGGCCUACAGAGUGCUGGCUGACCACGCUCGGACCAUCACUGUGGCCCUGGCUGACGGCGGCCGGCCUGACAACACAGGGCGAGGGUAUGUGUUGCGACGGAUUCUCCGCCGGGCUGUCCGAUACUCCCACGAGAAACUCAACGCCAGCAGGGGUUUCUUUGCCACAUUAGUCGACGUUGUUGUGCAGUCCCUGGGAGACGCAUUUCCUGAGCUAAAGAAAGACCCAGACCUGGUGAAGGACAUUAUUAAUGAAGAAGAAGUGCAGUUUCUCAAGACUCUCAGCAGAGGACGUCGCAUCCUGGACCGGAAAAUUCAGAGCCUGGGAGACUGCAGGACCAUUCCAGGUGACACUGCUUGGUUACUCUAUGACACCUAUGGGUUCCCAGUGGAUCUCACUGGACUCAUUGCUGAAGAGAAGGGCCUGGUGGUAGACAUGGAUGGCUUUGAAGAGGAGCGGAAGCUGGCCCAGCUGAAGUCUCAGGGCAAGGGCGCAGGCGGGGAAGAUCACAUUAUGCUGGACAUCUACGCUAUCGAAGAGCUACGGGCACAGGGCCUAGAGGCCACAGAUGACUCUCCGAAGUAUAGCUACCACUCAGACUCCAGCGGUGGCUACGGUAAAACUGAGUUCACAGUGAAGAACACUCAGGUGCGAGGAGGGUACGUGCUACACAUAGGCACCAUCUAUGGCAGCCUGAAAGUGGGCGAUCAGGUCCGGCUGUUCAUUGAUGAGCCCCGGCGGAGACCCAUCAUGAGCAACCACACAGCCACCCACAUUCUCAACUUUGCCCUGCGCUCAGUGCUUGGGGAGGCGGAUCAGAAAGGCUCACUGGUCGCUCCUGACCGCCUUCGAUUUGACUUCACUGCCAAGGGAGCCAUGUCCACCCAACAGAUUAAGAAGGCCGAAGAAAUCGCUAAUGAGAUGAUUGAGGCAGCCAAGCCUGUCUAUACCCAGGACUGUCCACUGGCAGCAGCCAAAGCCAUCCAGGGCCUGCGGGCUGUGUUUGAUGAGACCUAUCCUGACCCUGUGCGAGUUGUGUCCAUUGGGGUCCCAGUGUCCGAGCUGUUGGAUGACCCCUCAGGGCCUGCUGGCUCCCUCACUUCUGUUGAGUUCUGCGGAGGAACGCAUCUGCGGAACUCAAGUCAUGCAGGAGCUUUUGUGAUUGUGACAGAAGAAGCUAUUGCCAAGGGUAUCCGCAGGAUCGUUGCCGUCACAGGUGCUGAAGCCCAGAAGGCCCUCAGGAAGGCAGAGAGCUUAAAGAAAUCUCUCUCCACCAUGGAGUCCAAAGUGAACGCCCAGACCGCACCAAACAAGGAUGUACAGAAGGAGAUUGCUGACCUUGGUGAGGCCCUGGCCACCGCGGUUAUUCCCCAGUGGAAGAAGGAUGAACUUCGGGAGACUCUGAAAUCCCUAAAGAAGGUCAUGGAUGACCUAGACCGAGCCAGCAAGGCUGACCUCCAGAAGCGAGUGUUGGAGAGGACAAAGCAGCUCAUCGACAGCAACCCCAACCAGCCCCUGGUCAUCCUGGAGAUGGAGAGCGGUGCCUCUGCCAAGGCCCUGAAUGAAGCCCUGAAGCUUUUUAAGACUCAUUCCCCUGAGACCUCUGCCAUGCUCUUCACAGUGGACAACGAGGCUGGCAAGAUCACAUGCUUGUGUCAAGUACCCCAGAAUGCAGCCAACCGGGGCCUAAAAGCCAGCGAGUGGGUGCAGCAGGUGUCAGGCCUGAUGGAUGGCAAAGGUGGUGGCAAGGAUGUGUCUGCCCAGGCCACAGGCAAAAACGUGGGCUGCCUGCAGGAGGCACUACAGCUGGCAACUUCCUUUGCCCAACUGCACCUGGGAGAUGUGAAGAACUGAGGGGAGAACAGCUCCAGCUGGGAAAGUCUCCCCACUACCACCUGGAUGCAUCAGUCCAGCCAGGGGCUCUCCAUAUGCCACAGGGCAUUAGAAUCUGGGGACCUUCAAACAGCCCCAUCCAUCCUCUAACCCCCGCAGUAACCAGAACAUGCCUGGGAGCCAUCCUGUGACUCUGUCCCUUUACGUUACUGCUCUGAGCCCAACAUGUCAGCACCAUCUGUCUACAACCACUACACGGGAUUGCUGUUUAACAUAGUCAUGCUCAUGUCUGUAGAAAACGUCCCUGUCCUGAAACUUCUGAGUCUGCAGGUAUGAGGCCUUUUUGCUUCAGAGAAUAAAAGGACUAUGUGCAAUACA